AUGCACAAUCAAACUUAAUCUAAUUUUUCAGAUUUCUUGAAACCGAAUUAAGCUGAUAAUGAUCACUACAAAUUAUCUUUUGGCUAAGGGGAAAUCUAGGAAUCACCUCCUAAAAUUAUUGAUACUCUAGAAAGUCAAUAAGAAGAGAGCUACCAACUAAAACUAACACUUAAAAGAAGUGAUACUCGUUGGUAGGAUAAAAGUAAUAUUGAUGGAAGUGGGAAGUACUUUUACAACUAGAAUGAGGAAUAAAUUUUUAAAAACCAAAGCACUCUUUAAAAAAUGGACACUUCCCCUUUCAAUUUCUUACAGAGAAAGAACACAUUUGUUGAUGGAAUUUCUAAAGGAUCAUUUAGUCUGGAUGAAGUUGACAAUGAGCUGAUCGCUUAAAUUUAAGAGUAUUAGAGUAAUAAUGAAGAAUUAACUGAGGAUCAAAGAGAAAGAUGUGAAUAGUUCUUAAAGAACAAUCCCUAAUUCGAGAAGCUGUUUGUAAAUACUUCAGACCCUAAUUAGUGGAAGGCAGUUAUAAACUUUUUAAGCUAAAACCCUCCUAUAGUUUAAAAACUAUUAUCUCAGAAUUCUUCUACUUUAUCUAAUCUAGAAUUAGGACUUAGAGGCAUAAACAACUAAAGACACAAAUCAUAACUAAGAGAUUCAAAAGAAAGUAGUUUUGUAACUGAAACUGAUGAAAGCUUCUUGUCAGAUUUCUCAGAUACACCGAAAGAGGGACAAAGGCACACUAGAUCAGCAUCAAUGAAUUAGGUAAGCGCCAAAAAAAGCAAAUUCGCUAAAGAUGCAGUUGAAAGGUAAAAAAGCAUGAAAACUAUAAGGAAGUAAACAUUUAUACUCACAGCAGAUGGAAUAAAAACUUAUCAGUAAAAAGUGGAAGCCAGAAGACAGAAAUAAGAAACUGAAAGAGUAAAAAAUGUUAAAAUGCUACAUGAGGCAAUGGCAAAGGUGUUUGUUGAAAAUUUAAACUACAUUCAUGAGAAUAAUUAUAUCAAAUUCUAAACUCCAAUAAAGAUAAGGCUUCAGCAUCGUAAGAAAGAAAACAUUCUUAAUUUUAUCCAAGAUUGGUCUAAAGUGCCACUAUUCAGCAAAGUUGCUCAUGGAAGAUUAAAAUUAUCUUCUGAAUAAAAAAUGCUACAGGAAAUUGAUCUCUUCAACAAGUAUAUUUACAUGAAAGGGUUUGAGAAGACAUAGCUUCUACGUGGUCUUGAAAUUAAACUCCAUGACUUUGUAAAAUCAGUAAAGUAUGAGUUAGGAAUGAAUAAACUUCAAUACUAAGUGAACUUGAAUGUUGGUUAAAUACCUGAAGUAGAGCAUAACAGAGGAUAGUCUCUUGGUAGUAUUGUUUCAUCAGCAAUUAAGAGCACCAAGGAAAGUGAAUAAGCUAAGAUUGAUAUGAUUAGACAGAGAGAUAGAAAGAUUAAUUCUUGGAUGAUAAAUAGCACAAUCUAUGACAUGUGUAUGGAUUUAAUGAUGUGCAAGAAGUUGUUCCGAUUCAGGACAACAAUGAUACUUAUAUUUCAAAAGCUAAUAGAGAAAGAUUAAUAGGAAUGUAAUUUCUGUGACCUUUAAGAUCAAUAUAAAAAUAAUUAGAACACCUAUGCAAUGAAAUAUCUUGGGGAUAGUCUCAAAAGAGUAAUCAAUGUAAAUAUGAAGUUAAAGAAUUUGAUAUUGUAUGAAUACAGGCCAUAAGCAAGAGAAUUCUUUACUAGCCAUAGAUUCCAUUUUGCUAUGGAUCCUAGUGAGAAUUAUAGUGAUUUCAUUGAUAAACUAACUGCUGAUAUAGAUUUCUGGAAGACUCAAUAGAAUUUAUGA